AUGGAAUACGAAAUUGGUGCACCAGGUAAAGCCUACACUGAUUGGGCAGUUCAAAUGGUUGUGGGAACACUAGUUUCCCCUGGGUCCUGUUUACUGAGAUAUAUUGGAGGUGCAGUUCCUUACCGACCAGUUGAGGGUUUGGCAUUUUCAGUUGCGAAGUUUAUACAAAAGGGUGGAUCAUUCAUUAACUAUUACAUGGUAAGUACCAUGGAGGAACAAAUUUUGGGCAAACUGCUAGCUGGUGGUCUUUUCAUCGCUGCUAGUUAUGAUUACGAUGCUCCUAUGGAUGAAUAUGGAAUGUUGGGGCAACCUAAAUGGGGCCAUUUGAAAAGAGAGAGGCAUUCAAUGCUAGAAGGUGAUGGAACAAAUGGAAAGCUUCCUUUGAAACCUAUUAUAUACUUCCAAGAGUACCAAGGCAAAUGGUUGAGUUCUUGUCUUGAUACUUUAAAGAUCAACAUGGAAUUCCUUCAGUGUUGUAUAUUUCCUCGCUGUACUUUCAGCAUGCCAGAUGUUGUCUAUUGUGCCAUGUUUGUGCACACUCUUCAUUCCCUUGGGACACCAUUUUUUAACACAGUCAACCACAUGGAUGUUCUUAUAUGUAGAACCUUACAGUCUAUGAUAUGUUGCUGCACUGAAUCUGAAGUUGGUAGAUUGGGGAAGUUUCUCUGUGAGACCUUGAAAAUUGCUUACUAUUGGAAGAGUGAAUAA